AUGGUUCGAGAGAAAAUAACAGUAUCUACUCGGACACUACAGUGGAAGUGUGUUGAAUCAAGAACAGAUAGUAAACGUCUUUAUUAUGGACGGUUUAUUCUAUCUCCACUUAUAAAAGGUCAAGCCGACACAAUAGGCAUUGCAAUACGACGGGCUUUACUUGCAGAAAUCGAAGGAACAUGUAUCACACGUGUAAAAUCUGAUAAAGUAUCACAUGAAUAUUCUAUCAUAGAGGGUAUUCAAGAAUCGGUCCAUGAAAUCUUAAUGAAUUUGAAAGAAAUUGUAUUAAGAAGUAAUCUAUAUGGAACUUGCGACGCAUCUAUUUGUGUCAAAGGUCCUAGAUAUGUAACUGCUCAAGAUAUCGUCUUACCACCUUAUGUCCAAAUCGUUGAUAAUGAGCAAUAUAUAGCUAGCCUGAUCGAACCAAUUGAUUUGUGUAUUGAAUUAGAAAUCGAGAGAAAUCGAGGAUAUCUUAAAAACACGCCCCAGAACUUUCAAGAUGGAAGUUAUCCUAUAGAUGCUGUAUUCAUGCCUGUUCGAAAUGCAAAUCAUAGUAUUCAUUCUUAUGGCAACGGGAAUGAAAAACAAGAAAUACUUUUUCUCGAAAUAUGGACAAACGGAAGUUUAACUCCGAAAGAAGCACUUCUUGAAGCCUCUCGUAAUUUAAUUGAUUUUUUUAUUCCUUUUUUACAUAUGGAAGAAGAAAACUCACAUUUAGAGAACAAUCAACACAGAGUUCCUUUAUCUCCUUUUAUCUUUCAUGAUAAAUUAACUAAACUCCGAAAAAACAAAAAAGAAAUAGCAUUAAAAUCGAUUUUUAUUGACCAAUCAGAAUUGCCCCCAAGGAUCUAUAAUUGCCUCAAAAGGUCCAAUAUAUAUACAUUAUUUGACCUUUUGAAUAACAGUCAAGAAGAUCUUAUGAAAAUUGAGCAUGUUUGCAUAGAAGAUAUAAAACAGAUAUUGGACAUUCUAGAAAAGCGGUUGGUAAUUUAUUUACCUAACACUAAGUUUUAA